AUGAUUUGUUCAAUCUUCGCUUUCUAUAUAACCAAGAUUGCAGAAACGCUAAGACGAAUUCGUUGUAUUUUUGAUUACAUUAUCUUUAAGGAAGAUUUCAUUCCAUAUCACCGAUUUAACACAACGAAUCAGAUAAUUCCGUUAACCAUACUUAUUCGUUUUUCUUCAUUCAAGAAAGAAAUGGAUCUUGGUAAAAUCGCACAGCUAUUGCAUCGAUGCGUUUUACGGCAGAGUAAGGAGCCUUAUAGGCAUUUCCUGUGGUACUACUCCCUUUUACCGAUAGCUAGUGCGGAAAAAUCAGCAUUUUUGCCUCUGGUCUUCCCAGUGUUGUCCGUUAUGGCAUGGAUGAAGAAUGAAUGGUUCUAUGGAAACAAGGUAAACAAUGGAAUUGGGUGUUUGAAGAAGCCGCGGAGACUGAAGUUAUGGCAGAACCAAACAUCUACCAAUCCAGUACAUUCGCUCCCAAUUUGUUGCAAAGAAGGACAAGAAAACUUGUGUAACAAGAAAUUUAACAGAAAAAAACAUGAACAAAACUUAGACUACGAUUUCUACUUCUAA